AAGCUUAUUAAAAUCGGUACGGGACAAUUUCAACGAUUCUCUUGUAAAUUUAUAAAAAUAGUUUAUUAACAUACAUUGAAAAUAGAUCGUAUAUAAACGCCAUCAUUUUUUUCGAGUCACGCGCUACACUACUACGGAAGUCAACUGCGUUUACUGAUAUCUCUGCAAACUCACGUGUGCGUAAUCGACGUCAGUGUAAUUUCGAUGAGGGUGACUUUUUUCUAAACGCAACAUUAACGAUGACGUACAAGCGUAAAAAGUAUCACAGAGGAGACACGCAUUUGAAGAAAGGUUGGAGAACGAAACGCAGGACGAAAGACUUGGACGAGAUCGACGAGGAUCUGAAGGAGGAAAAGGCGAGGAACCUGCUAAACCAGGAAGUGGAUUUUGAUAAACCGGGGGCGGCGCAACAUUACUGCGUGCAUUGCGCGAGAUAUUUUAUAAACAACACUGCUUUGCAUGCUCACUUCAAUACCAAGGUGCACAAACGACGGAUGAAAGCGCUCGAGUUAGAGCCAUACAGUAUCGAAGAAUCGGAAAGAGCAGCGGGCAAAGGAAAUUACAUCGCACCGCAAAAGCGAAAGAUCGAGACUGUGACACGAGAGAACCUCAACAAAAAAGACAACAUGGAUGUCGAACCAGACGCUAAAGUGAUGAAAAUAAGCGAAUAAAGAGCCACAAGCUCAUUUCGAGUUUCACUGUAUCUUCACACUAUGACGCGA